UGACUGAAUUUUCAAAGAAAACCGGAGACUAUCCCAGCCUCUCGGCCACGGAUAUCCAGGUGCUGGCACUCACGUACCAGUUGGAAGCAGAGUAUGUUGGGGUGUCUCACCUAAAACGAGAACCAGAAAAGGUUAGAGUGAGCUCCUCGACUCAGCACCCAGAAACCCCGCUGCACGUCGCUGGCUUCCAUCUCCCCUGCAAGCCUAAACCCCCACAAGAAACAGUAGACCGUGGGCCUCCCUCCAGCGAGCCCGAGCACCCGGAAUUCAGCUCCUUCCUGUUCUGGAGGAAGCCUCUGCCCAAUAUCGACCGUGAGCUGCAGCAGCUGCUGAUUGACGGAGGUGGGGAGGAAGAGGCGGAGGAGGAGGAGGAAGGCGGCGGUUCUGAAGACAGUCAAGGCGAAGACAGCGGUGAUGACGGAGGCGGCUGGAUAACCCCCAGCAACAUCAAGCAGGUCCAGCAGGAGCUGGAGAAGUGCGAUAGCCCGGCGGACGUGCAGGUCGGCUGUGUGACCACGGACUUCGCCAUGCAGAAUGUCCUGCUGCAGAUGGGGCUGCACGCGCUGGCGCUGAACGGCAUGCGGAUCCGAGAGGCCCGGAGCUACGUCCUGCGCUGCCACGGCUGCUUCAGGACCACGUCCGACGUGAGCCGCGUGUUCUGCGCGCACUGUGGCAACAGGACCCUGAAGAAAGUGUCCGUGACCGUGAGCGAGGACGGCAGCCUGCACAUGCACUUCUCCCGCAACCCCAAGGUGCUGAACCCGCGAGGCCUCCGGUACUCGCUCCCCAUGCCGAGAGGGGGCAAGUACGCCGUCAACCCGCACCUGACGGAGGACCAGCGCUUCCCGCAGCUGCGGCUGUCCCGAAAGGCCCAGCAGAAGACCAACGUGUUUGCCCCCGACUACACCGCCGGCGUGUCGCCCUUCGCAGAGAACGACGUCUCCAGUCGCGCGGCCACCCUGCAGGUCCGCGACAGCGCCUUGGGAGCCGGGCGGAGACGCUUAAAUCCCAACGCCUCCAGAAAGAAGUUUGUGAAGAGGAGGUGACGCAACCCUGAGCGCCUGCGCGCAGCCUGGGUGGCCCCGCGGUGCCGGGCCCGCGGCCCAGCUCCUUCCCGACUCCCCGGAGUGGGUGGCGGGGCCUCGGCCUGCAGCCAGCACUAGGGCUUCAGCCGUGGGGCGGCCGGUGAGGAUGGGACAGGGCCGGCGCGGAGCUUGCGGCCGCGGGGAGGACGUUCCCGGUUCCCCAGUGAUGCUAGUUGUGGCGCAAGCCUCAGACUCUCGCAUGUGGGGGAAUGUGAGCUACAGCGUAAGCCAUACGCCCGAGGGUCAGGGUCCACAUUUGUGAGCGUUUCACAAUAAACUGAGCUGCCACCAUCUUU